AUGUCAUACAUACCCCUCCAGACUGUCACGGGCCCCGAUCAGCACAUGUCCAUGCCCGUGCCGCUCCAGUAUGACCAGCGCUCCAACUUCGAUGCCGAGACGUUCAUCGGAAGUGAGGACGCCUACUCGACAUACCACCUCCAGCAGCUCCCGCCCCAACUCAAGCGCUACCCGAGCACCUACGAAGACCCCUUCUCCGACGUCCAGAGCGGCUACGAGCAGUCGAUACACCCACACGACCACAAUGGCAUGCCCGAGAGUCCCAGCAUCGAGAGCAACAACAAGCUCCUCAGCUUCUCUCUGCCCGUCGUACCAUACACCAUCCUCACCUAUACCAUGCAGAGAGUCUCCAUAUCCAUGUCUGCCCAGCUCCAUGGCAUGUUCUUUCUGGCCGAGUCUCCCUGGGCAACGGCAGCCGAUGUCCAGGCGCCUUCCGAGUUGACUUGCUACAGGAGGAAUCUCUUCCAGAUCACUGGCACCAUCACCCUUCCUCGCAGCCUGCAGUUUCUGAUGACCGACCAAGGCGAGCAGAUACCCAUUCUUGGCCAAGAACUCACCAUUUCCGCCACCGAGUCGCUCGAGGGCAAUGCGGUAAAGAUAAUAUCAGUCCCUUGGAAAACCCCUGCGACGGGCAGCGCCUCCGUCGAAGACAAGACCGAAAAGGAGCCACCAACAUACCCACUUGAUCUCUCAACCGGCCAAGAUAUCGACUCGGAGUACGUUAGCUUUCCUAUCAGCUGGAAACGACUACAGUUCCGGAUAGCGACUGCAAACAACGGCCGAAGAAAGGAGCUCCAACAGCAUUUUGUGGUGCGUUUGAAGGUGAUAGCAACCCUCGCUAGUGGUGUCAAAGUGCCGAUAUGCGAAGUUCACUCUGGUGCAAUCAUCGUACGAGGAAGGAGUCCUCGCAACUUCCAGGCCCGGAAGGAUUUGCCCAUCGGCGGAGGCACGACUGCACGCAAAGUACAAACCCCCCAACAGCCCAGCAGAACUCCAACGGGUGAUACAACCCAGACCACGCCGAAACAAACACCAAAUCAACCUGCAGCUUCCUCAAAGCCCAUGGACCUACUACAGAUGCCGUUUGAGUUCAACGCGAGUGAGAUGCCACCGUCUCCAGACUUCGCUUGGAAGAUGCCAGCAGGUGCCAUGACUGCCAUACCGCCAGAUCCACCUUCGUCUCAGUUACAACAUGCUACCCCGUAUGCACAUUCAACACCCGAGAUCUCAAGAAGCGUGCCCCCACAACGCACGUCCAUAGCUCCAGUCACUCUAUCUCUUACCGAUGACGAGCCACAAAAAGCACCUUCGCCCAGUGAACAGCAAAGAAAACGCGCAACACCAAUGCGACCACCCUCCUUCUCGAUAGGCAUCAUCAACAGUCCUGAUGAAGGUGCCGACAUGCUUUACGAGUAUUUCCCGCUUGGUCUGGACGACUGGAUGCCGCCUGUUGAUGCUGUCUAUCGACCACAUGUUGUCCAUCAUAUCACUCCUUUCCCGCAAGAGUCAAAGGCAGAUGCUGGCAAGAGUCGGUCGAAACGGUACUUCUCAGAUGCUUGGUAA